AUGAUGAGAAUGGUGGCGAUGAGCCGCAGCACCAGCAGGCGCAGCAGAAUCCAGCACUGGCCGGGCUUCCACCGCCUCCUGGCGAAUAUAACUGGUUUUCAUAGGUGCAAGCCGCGUAUCCAUAUUCGGACCCCUUCUUUGGUGGCAUGAUGGCGGCGGCGUAUGCAGGCCAGGGCUUAGUCCAACCUCAUGUGCUUGGACUCCAGCAAGCUCGCAUGCCACUUCCAACGGAAAUUCUCGAAGAAGAGCCGGUUUAUGUCAAUGCGAAGCAGUAUCACGGCAUCCUUCGCCGCAGGCAAAGCCGAGCGAAAGCCGAGUCGGAGAACAGACUGAUCAAAACUCGCAAGCCUUACCUACACGAAUCCCGGCAUCUCCACGCCUUACGGAGAGCUCGAGGCUGUGGGGGCAGAUUUCUCAACAAAAAGACCAACAAAGACAACGAGACCGAGACAACGACGACAAACGUGACAUCUAACACUUCCACCGGCAGCCGCAACCGCAACACCACCAACAUCAACGCUCCCAGCAAUCGAUCUGAGAGCUUAUCAUCAGGAAACCUGGAAGCGAGUAACCCCUACCACCACGUAAUGGCAUUCUCGAACGGCCACCAUAGCUUGCAACAGGACUCGCAGCUGUUCCACGCUUCGGCAUUCCAUCCCAUCUCCGGCGAUGAAGGAGUCCAAGCAGUGGCAGCAAUGCAAUGAGAAGAGAUCCAUCCAACUUUCGAGAAGUUCGACGAAGACUGUCUCUGAGCUGAGCUAAGAAGAAGGAAAAAAGAAAGAAAAAAAAAAGAAAUGAGUGUCAAGUUCUAGGAAAACGUAGAGAAGAGAGGAGGAGUUUAGUUUGAUCCUUUUGUUGUGGCGUGUAUAGAUUAUUGACGCAAGCACAACACGAUGGUGAUUAUUUUA